UCUCUCCUCAAAACCCUCGCUUUCUCUCUCCAAAACCAUCGCUUUCUCUCUCUAGAACUAUGGCUCCAGCUCAUAACGAUCACUGCUUACACUCUGAUCUCUCUGCUCAUCAGUGAAUUCGAAUACUCCGCUGAAAUUAUUUCUCUCACAGCGUAUCUUAAAAUCGGGAUUUUACGCGGAAAGAUGGAAUUUUUAUGAGUUUGUUAGUCGAGAGCUCUUUUUAAUUUUUGGAUAAAUUCAAGGCCUCCUGUUAAAAGCUAAAGCUUGUCAAAUUUAGAGGUCCUUUUGAGGGGUUCUGUUUUGGUAAUUUUUAUGCGUCUGUAUUGUUUAGAUGAUUACUGAUAACUAUACUAAGAUGAUGUCGGAUAUGGGGAUGCUCGCGAGUGGCAGCGAUUUCGGCGAAGAGCUGGAGUUGCUGCUGAGGGAGCAGCAGAGGCGGCAGCUAGAGGAGGCGAAUGAUCUAGAGCGAGAGCUGAGCAUUUACAGGAGCGGCUCGGCUCCACCGACGGUGGAAGGAUCGUUGAGCGCCUUUGGGCGUCUGUUAGGCGGUGGAUUUAGUGGAGUUUCGGAGGAAGAGCUUAGGUCUGAUCCUGCCUACAUUUCGUAUUACUACUCGAAUGUGAAUCUAAACCCUCGGCUUCCGCCGCCGCUGCUGUCCAAGGAGGACUGGCGGUCGGCGCAGCGGCUGCAGGGCGGCGGUGGUGGUGGAGGUAGUAAUGGUGGUGGUGGUGGGAGUGGGAGUCCGCUGGGGCUUGGAGGGGUGGGAGACAGGCCUAGGGUAAGAAUGGGCGGUGAAGGAGCCAAGGAGAAGUCUUUGUUUUCUAUGCAGGUGGGAUUUAAUGGGAAGCAUGAAGAAAAUGUAACUGAGUCCACAGAUGAUUGGGGAUCCAAUGGACUAAUCGGAUUACCAGGAUUGGGUUCUGGAAGCAGGCAGAAGAGUUUUGCUGAAAUGGUUCAGGAUGAUAUAGGUUACAGAACAUCAACUUCAAGACAUCCAUCUCGUCCAGCCAGCCGUGUACUCAAUGAUUUCGUCGAGUCUUCUGACUCUCAGUUUACUGAUCUCCAACAUGAACUGUCGUCUUUGGAUGCAUUGCAUUCUCAAGCAAAUGUUCCAGAUGUAUCUUCACUGCAAAACAUUGGGUCAUCUUGUUCUCAUACAUAUUCUUCUGUUUUGGGUGCUUCACUCUCAAGAAGUACCACCCCAGACCCUCAACUUAUUGCUAGAGCUCCUAGUCCACGAAUUCUGCCUGUUGGAGUGGGGACAAAAAGCUCCUUUGAAAACAAAAAUGCAAAUGUCAUAAAUUCAUCAGUUGAUGCUUCACCUGUUAUGGCUGAGCCUGCAGAUUUAGUUUCAGCUCUGUCUGGCCUGAACCUUUCUGCUAAUACCAUGGUCGAUGAAGAAAACCAUCUAAAGUCUCGAAUCCAUCAUGAGAUUGAUAAUCAGCAGAAUUUCAUGCAUAUCCAGAAUGGAAAGAAUCAUAUCAGGCAGCAUUCUUUCUUAAAUAAAUCUGGUGUUCUAUCUACUGGUUCACACUUGAAAGGCCCCUAUUCACCAACUCUAAGUAGUGCCGGGAGUUUGCCAGCUCAGCAUCCAAAUAUUGAUAGCCCAAAUUCAGUGUCUUUUGGCUAUGGUAUGGGGGGCUAUGGUAUGAAUCCUCCAUCACCAUCUAUGUUGGAAAACCAACUCGAGAGUGGUCAUUUGCCUUAUCUAUCUGAUAAUGUUGGUGCUGGAACAGCAAUUGGAGCAUCUGGAAUUGACUCACGAUCAAUGGGAGGUGGUUUAACUUUGGCACCUAAUUUAUUAGCUGCUGCAGCAGAAAUGCAGAACCUCCAUAGACUUAGGAAUUCAAGCUUGGGGAAUUCUGUACAGAAUCCCUUGAUGGAUCCUCUGUACCUUCAGUACUUGAGAUCAACUGAUCUUUCUGCUGCUAACCUCACAGCUCUUAACAAUCCAAAUAUCAACAGGGAAUCCCUGGGCAAUUCAUACAUGGAUUAUCUUGAACUUCAGAAAGCUCACCUGGGAUUGCUUGCUUCUCAGAAAUCACAGUAUGGCUUUCCAAGCUUUAGUAAAACUGGUGGCAUAAAUCAUGGUUACUAUGGAAAUUCAACACUUGGUGCGGGUAUUUCAUACCCUGGAAGUCCAUUAGCAGGUUCAAUUCUUCCAAAUUCCCCUUUUGGACCUGGUAGUCCUGUAAGGUAUGGUGAAAGGAAUAUGCAUUUUACAUCAGGCAUGAGGAACUUGGGUGCUGGUGUAAUGGGUGCCUGGCACUCUGAUUCACCAUCUAACUUGGGUCAGAGUUUUGCAUCAUCAUUAUUAGAUGAGUUUAAGAGCAGUAAAACUAAAUGCUUUGAGUUAUCAGAGAUAGAUGGUCAUGUUGUUGAGUUCAGUGCUGAUCAGUAUGGAAGUAGGUUCAUUCAACAAAAACUUGAGACUGCUACUGUUGAAGAGAAGAACAUGGUCUUCCAUGAAAUUUUGCCCCAUGCUCUUAACUUAAUGACUGAUGUGUUUGGUAAUUAUGUGAUCCAGAAGUUUUUUGAACAUGGAAGUGCCUCCCAGAUUAGAGAACUGGCUGACAAACUUACUGGGCAUGUUCUCACUCUUAGCCUGCAAAUGUAUGGUUGCCGAGUUAUUCAGAAGGCAAUUGAGGUUGUUGAUUUGGAUCAAAAGACAAAAAUGGUUAUGGAGCUUGAUGGCCAGAUUAUGCGUUGUGUUCGUGAUCAGAAUGGAAAUCAUGUAAUUCAAAAGUGUAUCGAAUGCGUUCCAGAGAAUUCCAUUCAGUUUAUUGUUACUACAUUUUAUGACCAAGUCAUGACAUUGUCCACCCACCCAUAUGGGUGUAGGGUCAUACAGAGAGUCCUGGAACAUUGCCACAGCUCUGAAACGCAAAGCAUAGUAAUGCAUGAGAUUUUGCAAUCUGUGUGCAUGUUGGCACAAGAUCAAUAUGGGAACUAUGUUGUUCAGCAUGUGUUGGAACAUGGAAAGCCUGAAGAACGUUCGGCUAUAAUUAAUAAGCUGAAGGGGCAAAUAGUUCAGAUGAGCCAGCAGAAAUUUGCCUCCAACGUUGUGGAGAAGUGCUUGACUUUUGGUACUCCUGAAGAGCGCCAAAUCUUGGUGGAUGAGAUGCUUGGUUCUGAUGAAAAUGAACCUCUUCAGAUUAUGAUGAAAGACCAAUUCGCAAACUAUGUUGUACAAAAAGUGCUGGAGACUUGCGAUGACCAGCAACUCGAACUUAUCCUCAACCGUAUAAAGGAUCACUUGAAUGCCCUGAAGAAAUAUACUUACGGGAAGCAUAUCGUUGCCCGCGUAGAGAAACUCGUCGCAGCUGGAGAGAGGAGGAUUGGGAUUCUGUCGUCGUAUUCUGCAUAGGUGGCAUAGAAAGGAAAUUGUACAGCUAACUGAGGCUAGUAUGACUGUCCCGCUUCCUUUUUACUAUGUCCAGUUAUAGCCCUACCCCUUAAGAGGGACAAGGGCAAGAACGAAGAAAUAAAGUUGUUGGUGGAUGUACUUACAAACAUGUACAUUUGUUAGUUUGAGGAUGUUAUAAUAUCUAGAAUAUCAGGUUAAGAGAGGCUCAGAUGGUAAAAACAUAACUGAUGUCACUGUGCGAAGAAAAAAUAUACUACUGUACAAGUUUGAAGAGUGUAAAGAGGAGGAAAAAGCGUAGCUCUUGACUGUAAAAAAUGGCGCUAUGAGCAGAGAAUCAGAGCCAGUGGCUUCUAGGAUUAUUAGCGAAGAAGUUUACUAAUGUAUGGAAUAGUAAUAACUUUUCUUUUCAUAAUGAAACAUUCACUCUCAUGUUGGGAGUUGUAUGCUGUACACUCCCUCCUGCUUGCUUGGUUCA